ACAGAUGUCCUUCUCAGACUGAUGGACUUUGGGUCGCCUUCGAGGGGAAAGUAGGCCUUGGCGGUCAUCUCCCGCCAUGUCGUUGGCCAUGAAGGCCAGGCAGAAAGUCAAGCGGAAGGCGGCGGCCAAGGACCGGGUCUUUGGGUGUGACCUGGUGGAACAUCUCCAGUCAACUGGGCACGAUGUCCCGCAGGUCCUGAAGAGCUGCACGGAGUUUGUGGAGCAACACGGGGUCGUGGACGGGAUCUACCGGCUCUCCGGGGUCUCCUCCAACAUCCAGAAGCUCAGGCUGGAGUUCGACACGGAUCGGACGCCGGACCUCAACAAGGACGUCUACCUGCAGGACAUCCACUGCGUCAGCUCCCUCUGCAAGGCCUACUUCCGGGAGCUGCCCAACCCGCUCCUCACCUACCAGCUCUACGACAAAUUCGCGGAAGCGGUGGCCAUCCAGUUGGAAGAGGGGCGGCUGGAGAAGAUCAAGGAGGUGUUGAAGGAGCUCCCUCCGCCUCAUUACAGGACCUUGGAGUUCCUCAUGAAGCACCUGGUCCACAUGGCCUCCUUCAGCCCCCAGACCAACAUGCACGUCCGGAACCUGGCCAUUGUCUGGGCUCCCAACCUCCUCAGGUCAAAGGACAUCGAGACAUCCGGUUUCAAUGGCACAGCAGCCUUCAUGGAGGUCCGCAUCCAGUCCAUCGUGGUGGAGUUCAUCCUCACUCACGUUGAGCAGAUCUUCGGAGAUGCUCCUCUCCGCGGGGGCACCCGCGAGUCUCUCAGGAAGUCCCUCCUCCUGAUGGGGCCGUCACUCAAUCUCGUGGAUGAGAAAUGCUGCUUCUCAUACAACGUCCCCACCAUGUUGAACCAAGGGGACGGCCCACCCCAGAUGCGCCCGUAUCACACCAUCAUCGAGCUCAACGACAGCAAAAGGAAAGGCUCCCUCAAAGGGAAGAAAUGGAAGUCCAUCUUCAACCUCGGCCGCUACAGCCAAGACGCCAAGCGGAAAUUCGUCAAGACGGAAGACAAAGAUUAUAAAUCCGGAAAGCUACGGCUGCGGCCAGCAAAAAGCAUGGAUUCGCUCAGCUCCGUUCCGUGCACCGGAGACGACGAGGCUGACCUCGGGAGGAAGAAGUCCCAGAAGAAGCUGCUGACCCUCGGCCGCGAGAGCUUUGACGGCCCGGCCUCGCUGGACAUUGGCUUGCUGUCGUCCGGCGAGUGUCCCGAGAAGGCCAAAGCGGAGAUGGCGGUGGCCAGCAAGUCGGAGGAGGAGGGGGGCGAAUCGGCCGCGGCCAAGUCGGAGCCCACCACCCCCAAAGCCGGACGGUCCAGCCUAGUGGGCAGCUCAAGUCCAGGCCGGUCACCCAAGAGCGGGCGCAACCGGGCCGAGAAGUGCCUGGGUGUCCACAUCUCCGGCCCGCUCUCGGUCACCGUCCCCUUCCACAUCACCUCCAACCUCACCUUGUCCCGACUGACCCGCGGCCUGGAGUGUCCGGCCUUGAGCCACUGCGCAGCCGCCACCGAGGAAGAGCAGCAAGUGUCAUCUCAAGAAGGGUCAUCUAAGGACACCGAGGACAGGAUGACCACGGUGACGGCUGCAGACGAGAACGAGCCUGCAACCGAAACGGGCGACUCGGAGGAGAACCGGAUGUCGCUGGAAGUGCAGGACUCCUUCUCGUUCUUGGACAGCCAAGAGGCCUGGCUGGAAGACCCCCAGAAGAGCCCUUUCAGGGGUCCCGUCAACACGGCCGACCACGGCCUGGACCUUGGUCCUUUGGUGGAGGACGACAUGGGCUCCGGGAUCAUGAACCAGAUCAUCGGAGGCGGCAUGCAGCUGGAGAUGUUCUCGUCUCUUCCGCCGCUGAACUACCUGUCCAUCGAGGAAUGCAUGAACGAGCAUUCGGACGAGGAGGACGACCAAUAUUACCUGGCCAUGAGCUGCCCGGAUGGCAAGGAGGCGGACCCCGAGGAGGUCUACCUGAGUGCUUUCGAUGACCUCAGUCCUUUGGCCAACGCAGCAGAGCGGUCAGACGGGAGGAGAGACGAGGAGGACAGAUCCAGCGGUCUCACUGGAGGUCCACUUCCAGGAGACUCAACCGAUCCUCAUUUCUUUGGACGGAAAACUCCGUCUCACGACUCGCCCGAUUCUCGCCGACAACACGAAUCACACGAUCCGAAUGAGUCAGCCAUUUUGCCGAUGUGUCUUCCGGAACCGACCGAUCCGACCGAGAAAGAGUCAGACGUUUUAUUGACCUUUCUUCCAGAAUCAAUUCCUCCAACUGGGAAAGAGUCAGUUGUUUUCUCAAUGAGUCGUCCGGAAUCAACCUAUCAGUCCGGGAAAGAGCCAGCGGUAUCUCCAAAUCCGAAUGGUCGUUUACACGAAUCCACAAAGCUCGAGAAAGAAAGUUUCGUCUUGGAAUCAAGAAAUGGAGACGACUUAGAGAUGGAGACAACUCAGCGAGCCUUGAGGGAAUGUCUCCCAAAACCUACGGGUCUGGAGAUGUCUUCUCCAAGCCUUGAAGACGAGUGGCAGCUCAGAUCUCAAAACGAGAAGACGGACCUCACUAAAAGUUCUGACCGCUAUAUGGAGCUUGAUGAGAUGAAUCUACUGUGGAUUGAAGACUUGGACCCGUCUCUUGUGGAACAUCUCACCACAUUUGGUAGUCAUCUAUCUUCUUCGUUGGGCCAAAGUUCUGGAGAUCAUUCUUCAGCUCCUGAUGAUGUUUACUUACAAGGUUGUUCCAUAGAACCUGACGUCGUAUCACUUGAGGUUCUUCUCCCAGAGACUCGUCAUGAAGCUCCAAAGGUCUCCGAGACCGAGCUUUCCGAUGGAAGCGUCCACAUGAGGUUGACCUCCAGCACCGUCCGUGUCCUGCAAGCCAAGUCCUUCCCCGUCAUCCCACCGAAGCCCCAGUUUGCGAGGAUCCCGCCAUCAACGCCCACAAUCCUCACCGAAAACGGGUCAACUCUUCCCAUCAGUUUUGAUGCUCGUUGUAUCGUGAAGAAUGACGUCAACAACUCGGAGGAGGAAUCAUUCGGGUUCGUUCCGGACUCGUUCGAGCCGCCCGCAACUUCGGCUCGCUUCCAGAAGCAAAGGAACUCAAUGCCGGGAAGUUUGGAGACAUACGGCAGUGGUGAGGCGGAGAUCCGAAAAGGAAACGACGCAGAGCUAUCGAUGGAAAAAUACAAUCUUUGGGCCAAAGUUUAUGAUGGAGAAGACCUCCACCCGUCGAAGUCCUUUAUGGAACGUUAUGGACCUCAAAGAAGGACAAGUGAGCCUUCUCCAGACCCCAUAGAAAGUCAACAAAAAGCUGAUCGGACAACGGAUCCCUCUUCAAAGCCUAAAGAAGGUCUCAGCUCUGCAUGGAAGCACCAUGGGACAACGGAUCCCUCUCAAAACCCUAUAGAAGGUCAUCAGAGAGUUGAUGGGACAACGGAUCCUUCUCAAAACCCUAUAGAAGGUCUCAGCUCUGCAUGGAAGCAUCAUGAAGCAACGGAUCCUUCUCCAAAGCCUAUAGAAGGUCAACAGAGAGUUGAUGGGACAACGGAUCCUUCUCCAAAGCCUAUAGAAGGUCUCAGCUCUAUGUCAAAACAUCAUGGUACAAUGGAUCCUUGUCGAUACCCUAUAGAAGGUCAACAGAGAGCUGAUGAAACAAUGGAUCCUUCUCGAAACCUUAUAGAAGGUCAACGAAGAGCUGAUGGGUCAACAGAUCCUUCUCCAAAGCCUACAGAAGGUCAACAGAGAGCUGAUGGGUCAACAGAUACUUCUCAAAAGCCUAGAGAAGGUCAAUGGAGAGCUGAUGGGACAAUGGAUCCUUCUCCAAAGCCUACAGAAGGUCAAUGGAGAGCUGAUGGGUCAACAGAUCCUUCUCCAAAGCCUACAGAAGGUCAACAGAGAGCUGAUGGGACAACGGAUGCUUCUCCAAAGCCUAGAGAAGGUCAAUGGAAAGCUGAUGGGUCAACAGAUCCUUCUCAAAACCCUACAGAAGGUCAACGGAGAGCUGAUGGGACAACGGAUCCUUCUCCAAAGCCUACUAAAGGUCAACGGACAGCUGAUGGGUCAACAGAUCCUUCUCCAAAGCCUAUAGAAGAUCAACAAAGAGCUGAGGCCACCCCGCCAAAGCGAGCACAAUGGCGCAACCAGGGUGGGAGCAUGUCCUUUGAUGAGGCGGUGGCCUUGGCCAAGGAACGGCAAGGUGUCCAGGCCGCAAUGCGGAGGAUGAAGACCUCCGGCUGUGGAGAGGACGGGGCGGAGAAGAAGGCGGCCACAACGCUGCAGCGCAAGCCGGCCCUCAAGCUGUCCCGACCCCAGAGCUGCGUGGGUCUUGUCGAUGGCCACCUUGGGGUCAGGCUGGUCUUGCCGGACGGUCAAGCGACGUUUGACCCUGAAGGUGGUCCUCCGAAGGGCAGGAGGGGCUCGGCAAAGGGGAGGCGCUUGUCUCUGUCGGAAGAGGUGCUGUGAGACCCAAUACGAUCCGGACUCGGAAGAGAACCCCAAUAUGAUCCAGACUCUUCAUUGCAACCAUUCGAUCCAUCCCUAAAAGGCCUCUCAGGAGAAAUAUAGAGGCUCAGCCGUGUCUCACGCUCUUGGGAAGAGGCCCCGCCCCCAACCUUAGCCCCGCCCUUUAGUCCUAAAAGGCCUCUCAGGAGAAAUAUAGAGGCUCAGCCCUGUCUCAGGCUCUUGGGAAGAGGCCCCGCCCCCAACCCUAGCCCCGCCCUUUAGUCCUAAAAGGCCUCUCAGGAGAAAUAUAGAGGCUCAGCCCUGUCUCAGACUCUUGGGAAGAGGCCCCGCCCCCAACCCUAGCCCCGCCCUUUAGUCCUAAAAGGCCUCUCAGGAGAAAUAUAGAGGCUCAGCCGUGUCUCACGCUCUUGGGAAGAGGCCCCGCCCCCAACCUUAGCCCCGCCCUUUAGUCCUAAAAGGCCUCUCAGGAGAAAUAUAGAGGCUCAGCCCUGUCUCACGCUCUUGGGAAGAGGCCCCGCCCCCAACCUUAGCCCCGCCCUUUAGUCCUAAAAGGCCUCUCAGGAGAAAUAUAGAGGCUCAGCCCUAUCUCAUGCUCUUGGGAAGAGGCCCCGCCCCCAACCCUAGCCCCGCCCUUUAGUCCUAAAAGGCCUCUCAGGAGAAAUAUAGAGGCUCAGCCCUGUCUCAUGCUCUUGGGAAGAGGCCCUGCCCCACCCCUAGCCCCGCCCUUUAGUCCUAAAAGGCCUCUCAGGAGAAAUAUAGAGGCUCAGCCCUGUCUCAUGCUCUUGGAAGGAGGCCCCGCCCCCACCCCUAGCCCCGCCCUUUAGUCCUAAAAGGCCUCUCAGAAGAAAUAUAGAGGCUCAGCCCUGUCUCAUGCUCUUGGGAAGAGGCCCCGCCCCCACCCCUAGCCCCGCCCUUUAGUCCUAAAAGGCCUCUCAGGAGAAAUAUAGAGGCUCAGCCCUGUCUCAGGCUCUUGGAAGGAGGCCCCGCCCCCACCCCUAGCCCCGCCCUUUAGUCCUAAAAGGCCUCUCAGGAGAAAUAUAGAGGCUCAGCCCUGUCUCACGCUCUUGGGAAGAGGCCCCGCCCCCAACC